AAUGCUUUUAGAAUUUGAAUAUGUAUCAUGAGGCAUAACUAGAUGGCGUUAAAUAAAUUGUCUGUAGUACACAAAGUGUAGUAUGUACCUUAUAAUCAAUUUGUUUUAAAUAAUUUUGUAAUGACUAAAACAUUAUUAGAUAUCGUUUACUAAUGUAACAUGGCUCCUACAAUACAAACUAAUGGUAACACAGCUGAACGAGAUAAACGUACAGUUAGACCAGCAGAAAAAAGGUCUGAAUUAAUAUGUAGAGUUAAAUAUUGCAAUACAUUGCCUGAUAUACCAUUUGAUCCCAAAUUUAUUACAUAUCCAUUUGAAUCUACUCGAUUUAUUCAAUAUAAUCCAACUUCUCUGGAACGUAAUUAUAAAUAUGAAGUACUAACAGAACAUGAUUUAGGUGUAGAAAUUGACCUUAUAAAUAAAGAUACAUAUGCAGGAGAUGUAAAUGCUCAGUUAGAUCCUGCUGAUGAAAAACUUCUGGAAGAAGAUGUUCUUACUCCACAAGAUUCUAAAAGAUCUAGACAUCAUGCCAGAAGUGUGUCUUGGCUUAGACGUACCGAAUACAUUUCCACAGAACAAACUAGAUUUCAACCACAAACUGUGGAUAAAGUGGAAGCUAAAGUUGGUUAUAGCAUUAAGAAAAAUUUCAAAGAAGAAACUUUAUAUAUGGAUCGUGAAAGCCAAAUAAAAGCAAUAGAAAAGACAUUUGAAGACAAUAAAAAGCCCAUUGAAAGACAUUACAGCAAACCAAAUGUAUUACCUGUGGAAAUUUUGCCAGUAUUUCCAGAUUUCAAGCUUUGGAAAUAUCCUUGUGCACAAGUCAUAUUUGAUUCAGAUCCAGCUCCAGCUGGACGUUCUGUGCCAGCUCAAAUUGAAGAAAUGUCACAAGCUAUGAUUCGGGGUGUGAUGGAUGAAAGUGGUGAACAAUUUGUAGCAUACUUUUUACCUUUGGAAGAAACAUUAGAAAAACGUCGAAGAGACUUCACAGCUGGUAUUGACUAUGCUGAUGAUGAUGAAUAUGAGUAUAAAAUGGCUAGAGAAUAUAAUUGGAAUGUUAAAAGUAAAGCUUCAAAAGGAUACGAAGAAAAUUAUUUUCUUGUUAUAAGACAAGAUGGAGUAUAUUAUAAUGAACUGGAAACGAGAGUACGACUUAGUAAACGUCGUCAAAAAGUUGGACAACAACCAAAUAAUACAAGGUUGAUAGUAAGACAUCGACCACUUAAUGCUAAUGAAUUUAAAAUGCAGAGGUACAGAGAGAAACAAUUGGAACCACCAGGAGAGGAAGAUGAAGAUGAAGAAGAGGAGGAGGAGGAAGAAGAAGAAGAACCUCAGCAAGAAGCUGAAAAAACAGAAGAUAGAGGAUCCGAAAAUGAGGCUGAAUCUAGAGUAUCAUCAAGAGGAUCUUCUCGAGCAUCAUCAAGAGCAUCAUCCCGAGCAUCCAGCAGAAAAUCCCGUUCUCGUUCGAAAUCUGGUUCUAGAUCAAAAUCUCGUUCAGCGUCACCAUCAAAGUCUAGAUCUGCUUCUCGGUCACGUUCUGAAUCCCGUUCUCCUUCUAGAUCUCGUAGCAAAUCAAGAUCAAGAUCUGGUACCCCUCAGUCCAGAAAUUCUUCAAAAUCAAGGUCCCGAUCAAAGUCAGCUUCAAGAUCUCGUUCUGGAUCCCCAGCCAAAUCUCGAUCUAGAUCUCCAGCCAAAUCUCGAUCUGGGUCUCCAGCCAAAUCUCGAUCUGGAUCUCCAACUAAAUCUCGAUCUGAAUCCCCAUCAAGUUCGAAAUCUAGAUCGAAGUCUAGAUCCCCCCUCUCACGAUCAAGAUCAGUCAGCGGCAGUGGUAGUGAAUCUGGUACUGGUAGUGGUGAAAGUGGUUCUGAAAGUGAAUGAAUGAUAAGAAAUUUGAAAAUAU